AUGUCUUCCCACACCCCACCAACCCUGCACUUCAACUACGACAUAUCCUGCCCCUUCGCCUACAUAGCCUCAACCCGCAUCCGCGCCCUCGCGACCCGUACCCGCACACCCCUCGUCUACCGCCCCGUCCUCCUCGGUGCAAUCUACCGCUCAACCGCCGCACCGCAAGGCGCCUCAGGUUCCGCGUCCGAUGUGUUCAACGCCGCGAAAAAGACCGUUGCUUCAGCCUCCAUGGCACGCACGUUGAAGCGCUAUAACAUCGCGUACGCGCCGCCACCGCAGCACCCCCGUAAAACAGUCGACGCACUCAGGUUACUUUAUGUAUUGGGUGAAGAGGACAGGGAGAAAGUCACGCAUGCGUUGUUUAAGGCGUAUUGGGCGGGGGGAAGAGAUGUGGCCGAUAAGAAGGUGUUGUUGGAGAUUGCGGGGGCAUGUGGGGUUGUGGGGUUGACUGAGGCUGUCUUUGCAGAUGAGGGGGCUAGGAGGGAGUUGAGUGCGGCAACGGAAGAGGCGAUUAGUAGGGGGGCGUUCGGGGUGCCUGGAUUUUGGAUUCAAAUGGCGGGUGUAGAAGGCGGUGGAAGUCUCAGCAUGUUGGGAGCGGAACGAGAAUGUUUCUGA